GAGAGAGAGAGAGAGAGAGAGAGAGCGAGACCCCAUGACACGCAAUCCCUGGAGACCCAUGGAGUGAGACAGCGGGUAAUCCCAGGGUAAAGGACCGCUCCAACCCUGUGCGGUUGAUAUUAACAGCUCUAGGCUAUAUUUUCCAUACCGGUGGGGUCGAAUGAGGGGGUGGAUGUCUGGACAGAACACAGGAAUUGAUCUCUUGAUUGGGUGGCUGAGCUGCGAUUGGGAUUCCGGAGAAACGGGGUCACGUUGAAAAUAGCAGCCAACUCAAUGGAUUUCAUACGCGCAGAAUGAACCGCCAAAAGGGAAAGAUGGGACACGGGCACACCGGCGACUUUAUUGCGGUUUUGUGGAAUCGACGCAGCGGCACUAUGGAUAAUUUAUUCUAUCUGAGCGGCUCAGAAAGCCUUCGUGUCUUCACAGAGAUGAAGUUAUGUGAGCUGAGUUUACAGUAGAAUGGCCCUCCUCGGAUGGGACUCUGAGGGAAGGCGAUGGCAACUUUUCACCACAGCAACCCAACGGAUAGAGACAUCAGGAGAGUCCUCCAAAAAUGUAUAAUCAUUCUAUCUUUGGGAAUCAUCUGUGUCUCGCUCUUCUACUUCUUCACGGGAUGCUGCGAGUCGGACCGGACGGAAAACUCAGUAUCGGACAGACCCGCCAGCGAUGACAGAAACCUGACGUUCUAUAACUACGUUGUACCGGUACAGGAUGAAGAUGGAUACCCAGGGACCGGGGAGGGGAGCACACUGACGCCCGGUUUGGAGACUGAUAACACGGGUAAAGAUUGGAAGGCGACCCGGCGGUUACCCCAAGCCCUUAUUAUAGGAGUGAAGAAGGGUGGCACGAGGGCUUUGCUGGAGUUUCUCAGGCUGCACCCGGAUAUCCGCGCGCUGGGCUCUGAGUCGCACUUCUUUGACCGGCAUUACGCACGAGGUUUACACUGGUACAGGAGUAUGAUGCCCAAGGCCUUGGACGGCCAGGUUGUCAUGGAGAAGACACCGCGUUACUUUGUUACUGUGGAGACCCCGGGGCGUGUACACUCCAUGUCGCGUGACGUGAAGCUGAUUGUGGUGGUCCGAGACCCUGUGACCCGGGCCAUCUCUGACUACACCCAGAUCAUCUCCAAGACCCCCCACAUCCCUGCCUUCGAGACCCUCGCCUUCAAGAACCGCACCAAUGGUGAGAUUGACUCUCUAUGGAGCCCUCUGUGGAUCGGACUGUACGCCCAACACCUCGAGCGCUGGCUGGCCUGGUUCCCCCGGGCCCAGAUCCACCUGGUCAGUGGGGAGGGCCUCAUCUCCGACCCGGCAGGAGAACUAGGAAAGGUCCAGGACUUCCUGGGCCUCCAGAGGAUUGUGACGGACAAGCACUUCUACUUCAACAAGACUAAAGGUUUCCCCUGCCUGAAGAAGCCGGAGGGAAGCAGCAAGCCCCACUGCCUGGGGAAGACUAAAGGCCGAACACACGCCCCCAUCGACCCUGAAGUGAUCCGGAGACUGAGGGAGUUCUACAGGCCGCACAACCAGCGGUUCUAUCAGAUGGCUGGCCAGGACUUUGGAUGGCAAUGAGGACUCAGCAGAGUUAACAAGAGAAGUGGCUCUGUGCUAGGAACUAAAUCCAAUGUUGAUAGACCUCUGGGUAGCGAGGGAAACAAAUAUCAGACAUUCCAUAUUGGUGACAGUGCUGAAAGACCAUCUCUAUGCUAGUUCCCUUUCAGCAUCGAAAAGAUGUUCAACAAAAAGAAAGUGGCACUUGAAGCUGGAAUCUUUAGUUGCUACAUCCAUUUUUGGAGUUGUAAAUUAAUGAUAUAUACCCAUUGAGUCUUGAAGAAUAAAACGUGCCUCAUGAGCUUAGUUCAACUGUCAUGUCCUAUCAGAACCCAAAAUACAAGCUUGUUUUACUCCAAUGUUUGUAAACUAUGUAAAUAUAAAUAAACACAGCAUAGCCUCAAAACAUGGUUAAAACUAUCAUUUGCCUACAAUAAACGCAGUAAGUACAUAUUUGGUCAAAAUUGAGUUAAGACUGAAAUCAGGCUUUGUAGUAUCUGUUUGAUACUGUGUCCUGGUUCAAUUAUGUUCCAUUUUUAGAGAAAAUGGGAGUGAGAAAUUUGCAGUAACUGCAAAAUCCAAGUCAAAACCCAGGAUUUCACUUUGGCUUUGAUCCACUAUAUUUGGACUGCAGUUACCUGCUCUGCCAUACAAAGGCAAAGAGCAGUAACUAUGCAAACAGUGAAACUGAGAAAAAUGGCUUUAAAGUUUAUUUGUUGUCCAGCCAAA